CUCGUUUUCGGAACAGGGGAGCCAGUUUCUCGCGUAGCUGCUCGCACAGCGGCAGUCCGCGGCGGCAUGCGGCAUCGCGCCUGCCGUGCGUAUCUCUUCCCUUCAGUAUGAAGCCGACGAUCGUGCCAGCUGCAGCGGCUGCACCUGCCGCAACGUCUUGCGCGACCACCGUGUUAUUGUCUACUCGUCGCGUCGACGUUCCUCAUCCUGAUCAGUGAACGUUACAGCACCACCAGACCUCUCCUCGACGGGGAUCGUCUCCGUAAAAGCGGAUCGAUUCGCCGGCCCAGCCGGAAGGGGAGCCGCCGAUCGUUGACACUCUUUCUCUUCUCGCCGAAGAGCGCCGAAAUUCGCGGAGAUUACGCUCUCGUGCACACGUGUCCCGCCCAAAUAGACAGAGAUAAGUAAUCGCGCGUGUGCAUCAUCCCCGGUAAAUGGUUAAAGACGCCGGCGAGUUGCGUUGUCGCGUGUGAAACUGAUGAAACGGCGCGGCUCGAAGGAGACCGGCUUAUUGGACUGACAAAAGUGAAAACACUCGUCCUUCGAUCCCGUUCAACGUCCCCGUGAUAUCGGACCCUGUUCGCUGAUAACCUUGGUGCUAAUUAGACGAGAGCGGCUUGGCUUCCCACCGGAUAAGGCGACGAUCGUCGCAAGAUUUCGCAAUGCCACCCCCGUAUCACCCACGUCGUUAGUGGUGGGCCUUCGUAAUGGCCUCGAUUUUAGGAGAUGGCACGGGUCCGGGAGGCCCCGGGUCCUCCCGAUGCCUCUUGCUUCUGCAAAGGUCCCUGGCGAUUCAGUUGACCAGAGGACCACCCCCUCAUGGCGCAAACGGAAUCAACGUCAGUCAGAGUCCGAAGGAACAUCCAGCCGACGAGAUGUGGAUGUACGAUAAGGGUUACAAUCUAUUUCAAAGCUUCUUGGAAGCAAAUUCCAAGUGCUGGUGGAACACGGCUCUCGUGGAUGCGACACGGCAGCUAAGGUACAAGGGCCACGUGUCACCGGGUGUGCUGAUGGUUGGCGGACCGCCCUGCGCCCUCGAGGUUUUGAGGGCGGCCUGGGCGCGAAACGUUCUACGACCACCCGCGGACCAUUCAAUCACCUGUCUCGGUGAUAUAGAGGACUGUCUGGUGGCUCCAGUUUCUCAAGGUCAGUUCACGCCGUUGCCGGAGGCUCUGUGCUGGGCCAUUCUGGAGUUGACUUCCCAGAGGCAGGCGGCGACCUUGGAUACCCUCAGAUCAGCCCUUAGAAACGCCUUCCCGGCCAUGCAAAGGCCCAGCCGAGAGCUCGUUUACGAUGCGUUAGCCAAGCUCAUGCAAGAACGAAAGAUCUAUCACACGUCCCAGGGCUACUUCGUCGUAACGCCGGAGACCAAGAGGCUUAGACGCGACUCCGGUAGCUCCAGGCGGUGUUCCAGGGACGUGAACGGGUCCAGAGGUCAGGGUAGCAUGCUGAUGAGCAACGACGAAGCGGUGGCACUCGUACACGGCGAGAUGCUCACUCUGCGAGACGGCGAUGUUACGCAUCAGGCCGUACAGACAAACUUGGCGGACGUUAUUUGCGGAGGAAAUCCAAACGACAAGGUCCUGUUCGCCAGGUGCCGGUCGAUGCCCGGCCGUCUCGAGAGGCGACACUCGUUACGGCUCUGGGGCUCGGCCAGACGUUUGCACAGAAGCGGAAGUUCGCGGUCCCUGCCGCGAAGACCCGAAAGGAGCGAUACAUCUUCCAGCGCGGAAUACGCCAGCACGGACAGCGCACCUCACAGUCCAACCAAGAAAAUAGGCCUGCUCUCCAGGCUCUUUCGGCGGAGUACACGAAGGAAGGGCACACCGUUAAUGGGCACUUUCAGUGCUCAGUAUCCCCCCACCGAGUGGUUUAAUCCGCGUGUUGUGCAUUUGCACAGCGUUGCCACGCAGACAAGGGCCGCCAGUCCUUCGAUGAUGGAAGGUCUCGACCAGUCGCAAGCCAGUUUUCAAGUAUGGGACGAUUCAAGCUCGAUGCGAUCAGCCACUUUGCCGAGGCGACAUCGACGUCAAGCCAGCGGUGACUCCUCGAGCUUGUUGGCCAACUCGACGCCAAGAAGCUCUCGAAGGCAUCGGUCACCGUGUUCUACUCUACCGAGAUCCAAGUGUUCCAGUCUGAGCAGAUGCACGUCCAGAGCAUCCGUUUUACCGCCUAGCACAACUAAUCAGGAGACCUAUCAAGCACGUAAUCAGGCGCAGAACGAUAAAAAUUCGACCAACUCAUCGCCUAGCAGAAGUGGCGGCAGCUCGGGUUCUGUUAGAACGAUGAACGCGAGUCCGGCUAAAACAACCACGUUGGGCAGGCCCAACACCAGGCAAUCCAACUCUAGAAGACCGAGUCACGACUUUAGCAACGGCGGCAGUAAAUCGGCUAAUGGCUCUCCACAACAUAAGGUUAUUACAAAAACUUCGUCGGGUCACUCAUCUCACUCUAGUGGCAAGUCAGUGUCUAGCACGAAGCUGACUUGUUCGCCAUUGAAAACGGCCACAUUGUCGACAAAAUCAUCACCGCUCAAAGUUGUUCAGCAAGGUUCGCUGACUCCUCUCCAAGAGGCACAGAACUCGAUAACUCUUCAGGUGUCUACUAAUCUGAGCCCAUCGUCGCAGGAGCAACGGACGAUACAGAAUAGCGUGACGCUAGCUUCUAACACAACUAGUACGACGACCAUUUCCGGCUCGCCUGGCACGAAGAUCUACGUUCAACAAAACAACUCGCCGAUGAGGUCCGUGAUCACCUUCGAGAAUGGCACGGUAAAGACGAAGAUUGCUGAGAAGGAAGUAAUCGAUUGCAAGGAAAAGCAGGAGAGAGAGCUGGUAGCCGAGAAGGCCUACAAGACUCGGGUGGACGAGGAGAAGCUCUUCAAAUCGAAGCUAGAUGACGAGAAGUUGAACAAAUGCACGGUCAAGGCCGAGCGUCCGUCGUCGCUCUAUGCAUCCAAGGAACUCAAAACCAGUCUUCUACUAUCGGAAUCUGACAAAGAGAAUAAACCGAAGAUCGAGGAGGAAGUGCCUAACAAGUUGAAAUUGACGAAUCGCCUGAACAAUAGUCAGGCUCAUCUGAUCGAUGGCUCUACCAACAACGUCGACAAGAACGCCUUGGUGCACGAGGCUGCUGCCUUGUCCACCACGAAGAACACUAACGACGCAAUGAAUAAUUCGCGCAAACUCAGCCUGUCGUUAUCGAAGGACGCGCUGAGCUAUCGCAAUCUGCUGCGUCCCGGCUCGAAGAACAACAUCGCUUCGAAUCCGCCGUCGCCUACGAAAUCGUACGACGGUUUCGGUGGCUCUUUCAACGAUGUCUAUAUCGAAAAUCUGGAAACGGCAAAGCAGCAACGGGCUCCGCAGGGUUCCGAGCCUAAUCUGGAGAAAACUGUGAGCCGAGGCUCGGAUCUACACUCUUAUCCCAGUCUUAGUGACAUGCAGGUUCAGUUUACUAGCCUGGCGGCACAGAAAAUCCUCAAAGGUUGCCCGAUCAACAGCGUGGAUACUCUGGUGGAGGUGAACAUGGCAGCCGCCGAUAAGCCUAAUAAUUGCGACGUCACUGUUCACACGGAUUUCGGUCUCGUUUGAAAUUUUAUCCUCGUUGAUUAUUAAUGUCACAAAUGAAGACAAGGAAUUUUUAAUCUUUGCAUCCGACUAUUGCAUCCAUGAAAAACAACGUGCCUCGAGGUGAACAACAUUGAAGAAUAAACGUUGUUAACGCGCCUUGUUACAUCAAGAUAGGGAGUUACUUUUCUUUUAAUAAAAGGGCUAUACAGAUUUUGCGCUCGUAAAAAAUGUUAUACACGGAACACGCGUACAGUUACCAGUAAUCUGUCACUUGUAUGUACCUCUCUCUUUUGUUUUUUUAACGAGCAAUCGUGUUUUCGAACAAUCGCUGUGCCAAUCCAUGUAUAUUAUCAAAACUGUUAUUAAAAUAUUGUUAUAAGAAAGAUCAGGCCAAAAUGCGAUCAAGUUUUUAAUUUUGUUUGUCUUAAUUAUCUCUAAAUAAAUUGUAU